ACCCAAAAGAAUCUUUGUACCAGGUAUUUUAUAUAAACACAACAAGUGUAAACAAGUGUACUAUGAUCUUUUUUUUUCAUUAUUGCCAAUUUAACAACAACAACAACAAAAAGAUUUUCCAAUGAAUGAUUUUUUCCCAUGUUUUCCCAGAAUUUACAAUAACUGGACGUGUAACUAUGUGGCCAAAUCAAGGUUCAUCAAACCCAGCCUAUCCUCCUGGCUACAACCCCGCAUACCCCCCGUUACCCCCUAACACGGGUGUCUAUCCCCAGCCCCCACGUCAACAAUACCUGCCAGUCCAGUAUCCACCAGGUGUCAACCCUGCCAUGUUACCCAAGGCACCCCCAGUUGUGACAUCUUACACAGGAGUUCCUGGACCACAUCCCUACCCAGUAACACCCACAGGAUAUCCAGUAGCACCCACAGGAUAUCCAGUAGCCCCAGCAGGAGUCGUCCAACCCGGUGUGUACCAGUGUGCCCCAAAAGGCUACCACUACAAGGGCCAUCACUACCAUGGGGGGGUCAACCCAUUGUAUCCCUUGAACAGGGGGAUUGGCGGAGGGCUAGCAGGCUUGGCCGUGGGACUGAUAGCACAUAAAGCCCACAAGAAGUUGAAGAAGGGAAAGAAGCUGAAGAAGGUGCACAAGAUGUAUAAACAUGGUUACUACAAGUCCUCCUCCUCUAGCAGCAGCAGCAGCGACUCCGACUGAGUUCAACACUUCUGCCUGUAUGCCACUGUACAAAUAUAAAGGGUCUUAACUACCUGUUCGCUUCCAAAAGGCAUUAUCAAUAAACAUGUUAUUACAAAGUCUGUGCAUAUAGUCCAUAUAUCUGCUCAAAGGCAAUUUUCAAUGAAUACUUUAAUUGACUUUCUGAAAUGUUUAAUAUAUCCCUUUUAUAAGUUACGUUGAAUAACUUUUGGACUACAGCUCUUAGGUUUCUUGCUUCAAAACAUUAUUAUUACUAUUAUUGUUUUUAAUAUAAUUUGGAAAAUUUAGGCCUGCUGGAUUAAGAAAAAACAGAUGGGCUGUAUUUGGCCCUCAGCCUUCUCUUUAGUUUCUUCCAUGUCUGCUUAAUGCUUUAUUCUGCCAAACCGGCACCUUUUUUCCGAACAUAAAGAUUUGAACCUGUGACACGUUUAAAUGAUGAUAUUACAUAUAGCUUUUCAUACCUGCUGUCUGCUGAUGUGUUUCCAUAUUCACAGUCAUUUCAGUACUUUCAAGUGAGUGUUAAGAAAUCAAGAGCCUCUGUAAAUUCUCCCUUAUCAAAGGGGGUGGGGGUUGGCCUUAACAGACGAAGUGUUUGAAGCAAAACUGAUAAACAACAUUGAUUGCAAGCUUAUUCUAAAACUGUUUGGGUGACUUGAUGUUGUUUACUGCCGUCUGCAGUGUAGAGCAAUGUUACCUACAUUUAUCCUUUUCUGUAGGUUCAUGUUAAUACUUGUGAAUCCAUAACUGAUGAGCGAGAAAAAAAGAUAAGACAUAAGCAUGGAAAAAAUUCCAGCACAAUGACUGGCUCAGAAAUGAGGUGACCUAGUGUGUUGUUGAUCUUUAUGAGGAAGUAUAAUGAUUUGAGUCAGGAAAAAUAUUCAAAGCAGGUCCCACCCAGUAUGACGCAUGCAACAGUACAGACUUCUGAAAAGAUUUUUAAAUCAAGCAGUCAAAAAUUUCCUUCAGCUUUUUAGUUGAUUGAUUAUAAUACAUUGAUUUAUGUUGACUCAUUGCCUGCCCUUGACGGCACUAGCCGUCCAAUCCAUUUUGACCGUGAGGGUUGGCGGCCAUCGUUUGCUGUCAGUUUCUCCCAGUAAAAACUAAUGUCUAAGGCAGGGGUCAGGAACCUAUGUCUCGCGAGCCAUAUCUGGCUCUUUUGAGGAGUGCAUCUGGCUCUCGGCCAAUCUGUUAUCUUAAAUGUGGCACAGGCCAGAACAUCAAGACUGGCCAACAAUCUGUAUCCACAGGCUAUGAGGCUACUGAACUCUGUCCCUCUCCCCUCUCUGCCCUCCUCUUACAGACAAUAAUCCACAUCCACCAACAACAAUACUGGUUUGCAUUGUUGCAGUAUGUCAUUACUCACAACUUCCUCCUCCGUGACCCUUCCCCAUUGGUUGAUGACCAGUAUACCUUAUUAAUUGAUCUGGUUUUUGCACUGAUUUAUAACUGUUAUCAUCAGGUAUAUUUUGCUCUGCACUUUAGCACUGACAUGACUUUAUGCUUCUGUUGAAUCUUUGUUGUACUUAUGGCCAAUACUGUGUCAAUGUUUACAUUUGGAACUUAAGGGUAUUUAUUACAUGGGUUCUGCACUUUAUCAACUUAGCUGUAUGGAUGCUCCAAACAAAGUUUCGUUGUGCAUUGUAACAAUGACAAUAAAUAUUCUGAAUCUGAGUAUACCGGGCGUUACCAACGGCUUAAUUUUUUCACUAGUGAGCAAUCUAAUUAAUUACUUUUCACAUCUUGGCAACACAGUUACUGAGUAUGUAAAGGCGUGCGUUACUAUGCAUUACUACGUUGGUUGAAUGACGCGAGAAAAGUCUGAGAGACACGGACUCACGGAGACGGGAGAGCAGAGUGGGAGUGGGGAGGUGGUAAGGGAGUUGUGACGCCGUUGCAAAUGCGAUGCUAGGUGGCUCCAAUAAUACCUGACUGUAGCAGAUCGCCUACAAAUUACGCCCACAUGAUGAUACGGUAGAUAUCAAAUGUAUUUAGAACUAGAUGCGAAAUGACAGACACGGCGGCGUUAGCACAUUUAUAGAGAACUAGAUGCAAAAUGAUAGACUCGACGCCAUUCGUAAACAGCCGCCAUCUUAAAACAGUAGACUUCUCUGGAAGGCUCUGUUGUAGAGAACCUUCCUACCGAACCUAGGUAAAUUUUUUAGGGCUGUCAAACGAUUAAAAUUUUUAAUCGAGUUAAUCACAGCUUAAAAAUGAAUUAAUCGUAAUUAAUCACAAUUCAAACCAUCUAUAAAAUAUGUCAUAUUUUUCUGAAAAUUUUUGUUGGAAUGGAAAGAUAAGACACAAGACGGAUAUAUACUGUACAUAGAAGUUAUAUAAAUGUUAUAUUAAAACCCCUCUUAAUGUUUUCGUUUUAAUAAAAUUUGUAAAAUUUUCAAUCAAACAAUAAACUAGUAGCUCGCCAUUGUUGAUGUCAGUAACUCCACAAUGCUCAUUGUGCUGAAACCCAUAAAAUCAGUCGCACCCAUGCGCCAUCACAGGGCGACAAAACACAAAAAAACACAAGUAACAAAUAGACAUGACACUGCUGUCAUUUUAAUCUGUUUGAGCAGGGCAUGUGCGUUUAUUGCGUCAAAUAUUUUAACGUGAUUAAUUUUUUAAAAAUUAAUUACCACCCGUUAACGCGAUCAUUUUGACAGCUCUAAAAUUUUUAUCUAAAAUACUCCUAAAUCGGCAAAAUCUUUACUUGAAUCUAUCUUAAAAUGAUGAAACAGUUUUAAAACUUUCACAUAUCGAAAGUAGACAGAAGGGAACUAAUGCAAAACCAGCAGCAAUUUUAACAACUAACAAGUAACAAAUUACUCUUACAUUCAGGUAACGGAGUUAACUCAAUUACUUUUUCGGAGAAGUAAUUUGUAACUGUAAUUAAUUACAUUUUUAAAGUAAGAUUAACAACACUGCUCGCUUGACAUGAACGAGCUGUGAUGAGCUAAUGGCACAUUCUCACAUUGAUCUUGAACCUUUCUUUCUUUUUUAACCUAUCCUGUUCAGCUGUUUGACACGGAGAAUGGAAGUCUAAGUGCGCGGAUGGUCUGAACAGUUUUAAUGUUUCACAUUGAGAGUCUGACAUACUCCCAUUGUGAUCAUUCAACAUACCUCGUUUAUUAUGACAAAGCAGCGAACAGGAAGGGGUUAUGGGGGAACAGAAGAAAAGAAACACAAGAGAAAAAAGAAAAACACAAACUACAACAAGAAAUACAUUGAACGUCUACAAUAACUACUAAUAUGUUGGUGCUAUAUCGUCAGCUGAAUUUCUGGUUGACACCAUGU